AUGACAGCCGCAGCACCCUUGAAGAACGUGGCCGUCUUUGGCGCCGGAGGCACCAACAUCGGCCACCACGUGGUAAAAGCGCUAGCCUCGAACCCCGACGAGUUCACCGUCUCCAUCAUCGCCAGGAAAUCGACCAAGUCCCAAUUCCAGCCCCGCGUGCAGAUCCACUACGUCGACGACAGCCUCCCCCACGACCAGCUCGUCGCGGCCCUGCAUGGUCAAGACGCACUGGUUUCCGCGAUCGGGUUCAGCGCCAUCGCGCUCGAGGAGAAGCUCAUCGCCGCGGCCGUCGAGGCUGGCGUCAAACGCUUCCUGCCGUCCGAGUAUGGUGUCAACAACACCUAUCCGCCAGCGAGGGCGCUGUGUCCUGUAUUCGACGCCAAGGGGGCGGUCAUUGAUCUUCUCCGUGAGAAAGAAGAGACGGGGUUGACCUGGACGGCUGUGCCGAAUGGGUUAUGGCUUGAUUGGUGA